AUGUAUAUAUCGCAGAUGCAUGUUUCUAUUAAACAAACUCUAUUUUAAUAUUAGCGAUUCAACAUAAUUUUUAGCCUCAAAUGUGAUCAUCAUUGUAACGAUCUCAAAUUUAAAAUUCAUUUCAUACUUCAAACUUAUAUUGACAAGUUAUUAUCAGUACAGCAGUGCAGUUCACCAAGGUUAUCAACAUUAUGUACAGUAAUGAGUCUUACUCCUACACACUUUCAGGCCGCAGCUUGAUCUGUUAGCGAGGAUCGAUGUAGAAAUUUUCUUUGCUUUGAUUGGCUGACGAUUCACUACUGAGACAGAAUCCACUGUGGAUAAGAUGCGUAAUAAAAUAGUGGGGAUGUGUGCGUCAGCUUAGGGAGUAAAUACUGUACAAUGUUCUUACAUCGUAAAAAAAACAGACCUAACCACGUUUUGAUAAGAUAUUUCACCUGCAUUUUUAUGUACAUAUGUCAUUCCUGGACACCAAACCUACAAUAUUGAGACUCGGAAGUUUUUAUGUACGGAUGUUAACAAUACAUCGACUACACUACGUGAUUAAAUUAUAUUUCAGUCAGUGUGUGUGAGAUUGUAGAAAUGGUCACGAUAAAGGUUAAUCAACGAAGUUGUGCAAAUAAAUGGAUUUCAAAAAUUGUGUUUACAAUACUUCUAUUGUUGAUAUUUUUAAACUUGCCUACUCUUUGCCAAGCCCACAGUCAUAGUGAAUUACCAAGUUUUAAAUACACUAAGGAGGCUAAUUUAAAAAAUGAACAUUCCACACAAGAUUAUCAAGAAACUCAGCAUCAACAUGGGCACGGUCAUCAUGCACAUGACCAUCGACAUAAGUCAAUAUCAUCUGACAACCCGGAGGAUUUUGUAUUUCUAAAAGCAAUUACAUCUACCUUAAUUAUUUCAGCAGCUCCAUUUUUUAUUUUAUUUUUUGUUCCACUGGACAACACAAAAGAGCACGAGCCGCUAUUAAAAAUAUUAUUAAGUUUUGCUUCUGGUGGACUAUUAGGAGAUGCAUUUCUACACUUAAUACCUCAUGCUUUGGUACCUCAUAGCCAUGAUGAGGAAGGACAUGAUCAUGUUCAUAAUAUGUCUGUUGGUUUAUGUAUAUUAUUAGGUAUUAUUAUAUUUCUAGUUGUGGAGAAAGUAAUAAGACUUAUAAAAACGGAUCAUAGUCAUGUACAUGUACAUAGCAUUCCAGAAAAUGUACAGGAAAAAAAGAAAGAUGAUAGCAACUCAAAGAAAAGUAUAGUUACAUCUGAUCUAGUUUCUAAGAAAUCUGAAAAUCAUCCUGAGAAUGAAAUAAAAAUUGCUGGAUGUUUAAAUCUAGUAGCAGAUUUUUUACACAACUUUACAGAUGGCCUUGCUAUAGGAGCCAGUUAUUUAGCUGGUAGCAGUAUUGGCUUUAUUACUACUUUCACAAUUUUACUACAUGAAAUACCUCAUGAAAUAGGAGAUUUUGCUAUUUUAAUACAAAGUGGUUACAGUAAAAGAAAAGCUAUGAUGCUUCAGCUUAGUACUGCAGUAGGUGCUUUAUUAGGAACUUGUGUAUCAUUGCUUGCAGAAGGCAUGGGUGAUCUUGCAACUAUGUGGAUUCUUCCAUUCACAGCAGGUGGAUUUAUUUAUAUCGCAACAGUGUCUGUAAUCCCAGAACUUUUAACUGAUACUAAAUUUGGACAAUCUGUAAAAGAAAUCAUUGCGCUUCUCUUAGGUGUAUAUAUGAUGGUACUUAUAGCAGAAUAUGAGUAGAAUUAUACAACUCCAGUGAAAAUAUAGUGUUAUGUUUUAUAUUUACUGAAAAAAUUAGCAUAUGAGUUUUGCAAUGAUAUUAUAAAAUAAAAAAAUUGUUUCUUAUAGUA